AUGAACAUCAAUAUAACUAAAUUAAAAUAUCUAUAUAGUAAUAUAUUAAAUUGUAAUAAUAGACUAAGUAGUAGUUGUUUAUCAUUUAAUAGUAUUGAUUUCAAAUGUAUAAAUAAAUUAAACACAACAAAUAGAUUCUAUCAUAGUAGCAAUAGUUAUAGUCAAAGUUCAAACAAAACACACUUCAAUCAUGAUGAUAGUAAAGAAAAUAAAGAUGACAACCAAGAACAAAUUAAUGAUAAAAAUUACAAUAAUAAACAAAAAGAAGAUAAAUAUAAUGAGAAUGAAAAAGAGAACAUUGCUAAAUCAUCGAAAGAAACAUUAAUAGUAACAUUGAAAGCAGUUGGUAUAAUUUAUUUAGUUAGAGAAUAUGUAAUUUCAUAUUCAUUAUGUUCAGGAUCAUCGAUGCAACCGACAUUGAAUUCAUCGGGUGAUAUAGUGUUUAUCGAUAAGACCAAUAUGAAACCAUACAAACGUGACGAUAUCAUUAUGGCAGUGUCACCGACCAACCCCAGCGAUAACAUAUGUAAGCGUAUCAAGUACUUGGAGGGUGAUAGCAUCGUGAUGGACACUGGCUACGGUUCGAGACGUAUCGAUAUACCGAAAGGUUAUUGUUGGAUCGAAGGUGACAACCCACAUUCAUCGUUUGACUCUAGAAGUUACGGUUGUAUUCCAAUGUCUCUUAUCAAAGGAAGAGUUAUUUUCAGAUUAUAUCCAUUCUCAUGGUUAGACUCACCACCACCCAAAUCAAUAUCAACACAUAAAAUAAAUUAA